UUCAUGCCAUGGAUACCACACCAAUCGUUAAAACCAUUCAAUCAAAUGUGACAACGCCUCUUUUUGGGAAUAGUCGAAGUUAUGUUGACCCGCAUACAUACGAAGAUCCUAAUCAAGCUAUCCGGGAAUUUGCGCGAGAAAUCGAUGCAAAUUAUAUAACAAUUGAAGCUAUUAUUGGUGGAGGCGAAUUCGGUGAUGUAUGUCGAGGUCGACUGAAAAUACCCCCUAAUUUCGUCCAAGACAUAGAUGUUGCUAUAAAAACACUUAAACCAGGAUCUUCUGAAAAGGCUCGGUGUGACUUUUUAACGGAAGCAUCAAUAAUGGGGCAAUUCGACCACCCGAAUGUUAUAUAUCUUCAGGGUGUGGUGACUCGCUCUAACCCUGUUAUGAUUAUUACCGAGUACAUGGAAAAUGGCAGUCUGGAUACGUUUUUGCGAGUCAAUGAUGGAAAAUUUCAGACUUUGCAGCUUAUUGUGAUGUUACGUGGCAUUUCUAGUGGGAUGUCCUAUCUAAGUGACAUGAAUUACGUUCAUCGUGAUUUAGCCGCUCGAAAUGUACUUGUUAAUGCUCAACUUAUAUGUAAAAUAGCUGAUUUUGGAUUAUCACGGGAGAUAGAAAAUGCCAGUGACGCAUACACAACACGGGGUGGGAAAAUACCAGUUCGUUGGACAGCGCCGGAAGCUAUUGCUUUUCGUAAGUUUACAUCAGCGUCAGAUGUAUGGUCAUAUGGUGUAGUUUUAUGGGAAGUUAUGUCGUAUGGUGAGCGACCUUAUUGGAACUGGUCAAAUCAGGAUGUUAUAAAAAGUAUUGAAAAGGGUUAUCGACUUCCAGCACCUAUGGAUUGCCCUGAAGCAUUAUACCAGCUAAUGCUUGAUUGUUGGCAAAAACAACGUACCCAUCGGCCAACAUUUUCAAGUAUAGUAUCAACCUUAGAUAAUUUAGCAAGGCAACCUCAAGCGCUGCUGACAACGAGAAAUUCCCCAGAAAAUGAUGGAACACAUAUAUUAGAAGGACAACGUGGUCACAAUAUAUUUAUAAGUACCGACUUGUGGUUGGAUAAUAUUAAAAUGUCCCGCUAUUCUCAGCAUUUCAAAGAGGCUAAUUUGGUGACUGCUCAACAGAUCUCCCGCUUAACGGCUCAACAAUUAUCUGAUAUGGGUAUAACUUUAGUGGGACAUCAAAAAAAGAUCUUACACCAGGCCAGACAGUUGGAUACUAUAAUUUAAGACUUAUUAUAUUCGUAGACCUAUUUAUUGUAAAUACAGCAUUAUUAUUGUGAGAAAAAAUCGUUCAAAACAAUAUGUUUACUAAUUAUAAAUAUUGAUAUGGUAGAAGAAUUCGCGUGUGUGGAGUUCUUUUCAACCAGUUUCUUUAAAAACAUAUUAACUCUUCAAAAACUAGUUUACGCCAAAAAAGUCAUUGUAAGUUUUCUAAAUAUUUGUUCACAAAAAAAAACGGGAUUGUGAGGUGUUGAUAGAUAUUUGUAACUUCGAGUUUUUCUCAUUGACUGAAAUUUACUGAAAAUAGAAUCGGUAUAUUUUUAUAUUUCUUUACUGAUACAAAUAUUAUAUGUUUUUUCCUAGUUCAAUUAAAUUACGGCGCAAUAUAGGAGCAAUUUCCCUUAUUUUAUCCCACAGCUUGCGUACUUCUUUAGAUGAGAGGAAGUUGCAAUAAUUUAUAAAUAAGAGCUAUUGAUAUUAUUUCUAAUUUUUAUUUAAUUUACUCCAAAUACUCGCUUCGUGCAGAAAAUACAUUUUCAUACAAAAUUGUUUCAUACGUGUGAGGAUGUUUUCAUACUAGUAUAAUGAUGAAGUUGCAAAAAAAAUACGACUGUUUUUUGUAUGAAACUACUAAGUAUAACACUCGUUGUAGUAGUCAGUUGUUGUUGCUAUUGUAGCAGCAUACUAAACCCUGUCAGUGCAAUAUAGCUUUGUCUUCGUCUAGCUUAUCUAGGCCCAGGAAACUAUGGGCUUAUUCGAGCUUCAAUCACAACCGCAGUGUUGCAUGAUUUGUGAAAGUUUCACGUUCGAAGAAAAAUUCUGGCAACAUUAUCAAAAGUAUCACGUUUGAGGUGUCAAAAAUUCGGCAAAUGUUGCGCGCGAAUACAAAUAAAUCGGCAUCAAAAUUUUUUUGUUUGCCGAACAGCAGAAGAGUAUCAGUUGAGCAAUUGCAACAGUGUUGGAAGUUGUCAUCUGUGCAGCAGUAUUGCCGCUUUUAUUACGUGCCUCGAACAAGCCCUUUCUGUUUCGACAGGUUGGGUCCAGAGAGAGAGGGGUGUUAGAUGGGGCAUGUGAAAAGGUGACUUCACAUGUUGGACAUAUGUUUGGAAUGUCGGAGUCAAUUCUGGAUAAGUAGGAGUUUAACCUGCUACAGUAUUCACAACGUAGUUGUGUUAAGGUUAUGCGGGUAUCUCGGUGUAGUUGGAGUUCUUCAUCUGGUGUGGGUGCUGGUUGGACUCCGAUUCCGGCAUUCGGUGGCCGAGAGCUUAGGAAGGUGGUAAGUGUCUCCUCAUGAAUGUCGUUUAUAGUCUGUCUGUGCACUAUACGAUCCAGUAAUUAUCGAUCUGUUUUGCCCUGGAUCUCGUCGGCGUAAUUGAGGAAGUGCCUCCUGACGUGCCUGGGACGCCCCUAUUGCUACAACCCUAGUGCUGAGACAAACUAGCAGCUCUUGGUCCCCCGCACAGUCUGUUCCGUGUGUCAGACCAGAGUAUCUCGGAACCUGACAUCCACCAGUAUUCUCCCUGGGAACACCUGUGUGGACUACUCGCUAUGUGUUUUAAGGCCUGAGUAGGGUUUAAGGUGGCACCAUCUGGCGCAUUUGUUACUCCUAACCGCGGUGGAGUUCGGGUAGAAUCGUUUAAGGCAAACGCAGUAAUAGAAUACUCCUGGUCCAGGGUUGGGUUCGAUACCAACCCUGAACAGAAGUAUUUGGAGUAGACUUGCUCCUGUGACUGUAGAUGAGGGGCAAGGUACCGUGCACUACAGAGAACUAGUUUACUGGGAUGGCAGUCUUGGUCGGGAAAAGCCGACGUCAUUCUGCUAAUAUAGAAAAGGCUGCCAUGGGAAUACAGUAGUAGUAGUCAGUCCAUUAUGCCGCUAGUAAAAGCAUAUCAAAGAAAAUAAAUGAAUAUUGGCAUCUGUACAUUUUUCUGAUGUCUUUUAAUCUCAAAAUCUUCCAUUCGUGAAUAGUUUUUCUGAAAAUCUGAGAAAUUGAAAAUUCUAUACACAACAACUUUGAAUCGUUAUUGGGAAAAUCAAAUCUAUGCUAAUUAUCUCACGAAUUCUCUGUAAAACAACCAAACGCGAAUUUUAAUUUUUCUAUUAUCUUCCAAAGUCAGAUCUGUAUUAUUAAGCAAAAGCUUGUCGUUAUGGUCUAUGAAAACUUUUACAGGUCCAUAUUUUAAUCAAUAUUAGUUACAUUUCUUAUAUAUUUGAAAUGCGAUUUCGUAUACAAUUUGCAUCGAGUUAAUUUAAAAUUGAGUCCGAGUUGAACCUAUAAAUAUGUAAAUCUUGAGCUUCAUCUUUUUUAUAUAAUAUUUGACAAAUUCAUAGAAAACACUGACACAGGACCACCAAUUUCUUCUAUUAGAAUCUGAUUUUACAAUAUAUGGUGGACUUUCUGAAAACUAAAGCAAUAUAAAAUUCUAGUAAAACAAUAGUGUUCUGAAAUAGGAAAAUAGAAUUUAGGAAAAUUAAUCGAGUCGAUACUAAUAAAUUUCCUUGUGGUUUUGUAUAUUAACCCACUAUGUUGGAUUCGAAGCAAAUUAAAUAUUUAUACGCUAAGCAUAACGUACAAUAUUAUAAUAUACACCACAUCCAAUAAAUCUUUUGGAAACAUGCUAGCCAACGACUGAAUAUGCACCGCUGUAAUUUGAGCACUUCUGAAAGUAAUGAUUUAUAUUAUAAGCGUAGACAUAAAUACAAUGAAUAUAUUUUUCAAGUGUUAAGUUGACUGAGAUCUAUACAUUUCAAGCAAAAGUGUUAAAAUCAGUGGCUGAUAUAUAUAAAUUGUAAAAUAACAGAAUUGACGCUAAGCACGCUUUUACAAUGAUACUGAUGAGUUUAAGUUUGCAUUGUUUGUAUUGCGGAUGCUUUGUAAGAUCAGUUGGAUCUCCAUAUUUACAUAUUCAUACCUAUAUGACCUGGUCGAAGCAAUAUGUGGACUAGCAACUUAGUGGAAAAGUGCAAAAGCGACAAAUUUAGGAUAAAAGAUAAUAAAAUUAUAAUAUAGUAAGUUAUUUAAGCCUUUCAAUAUUUAAUGUAAUACCUCUAAAGCUCCGCUAUAGAAAUUAAAGUUCUUUUUGAAUGGACAAAAUGUUGUUAAAAAAAGGUUUUAAUUUGGUGUAAAAUAUUAUAUGCAAUAUUGUAGUGUACAAUAUUGAGUAGCUGAUUAUAACCGUUUCGCGGUUUGAUUAUUUUUUAAUCCUUUGCUACAUGAAUAUGCCAGUAUUAGAAAACGGUAUAUAGUUUAACAAAUGAAAGUGCACUCCGUCAGCGGUAAUCCAAUAACCAUUUUUCAAACCAGCCGAUUUAUCAAAUUUGUCGAUCAACAGAGUGCUCCCCAAACUCUUAUAGUUUGAAUACAAAUGUAUUGUAAUCCAAUUUUAAAAAAAUUGUACUAAAGAUUCAUUACGAUUUGGAUGGUGCGCCCUCUCACUUUUUUAAUUGUUAAUGUUUUGUGGGACUCGGCUUUUGGAUUUCAGAAUCCUUGAACCAGAUUAACGGUUGUCGAUUGUAAUGGAUAUAAUACUCUUGCACUUAACUUUUGUAAUCGUUAGGAAAUCGAAAACAAAACGAAUAUUGCUAAUAGAAUAUAUAUAAUAAAAGCAAAACAUUUUUUAUAUUACAAAACAAAAAUAUUUGAUUUCUUUUACAAAACAACAAACACUGACAACCAAAAACCUGCGUGGUUUUAAAUAUUAUACCAAGAAUGCAUGUUUUGUUUUCCACACAUCUUUGGAAGAGCUACCAUACUAACCAAUAACAUAAAGUAAAAUCCAGACUUAAAUAAAAUAAGUUAAAAAUUAAAACUAAGUUAA